AUAGUGCUCUCACUCUUGCAAAUAUAAAAUUGUUAUUUUGGUUUUUUCACGAAGAUUUGUUUACAUUUUUCUUUACUCUAAUUUUCACAAUUUAAGAGUAUUUAGGAGUGAAAUUUCCUUAAAAUUUGGUAUCUUAAGUGUGCCCAAGUUCUUUCUGAAGAAACUUUUAUCCUUAUCGAGGGAAUUCCAACGAGUUGAUUGUAUUUUUCAUUCUAACCUCAAAGUGGUCACAUCACGUGGAGCAACAUGCCUCCACUAAAAAAUAAAUUUAAACGACAUUUCGAGGAGCUCUCACUGGGAAAUAGUAGAGGGAAUGAUGAGGAGAAACCAGAGGAUGAGAUCCCCGAUGAGAUUCGCGUGGCUGAGGAGUCAGAAUCCGAAGAAGAGGGUGAGGAGAAUAACUCCUCAUCUGAUGAUGAAUCAGUGCUGAGUUUUGCUGAUAUGGAUGGAGGUGAGAGUUCACAGGAUGAUACGGAAAGUCCAGGAGAGGAAGAAGAAGGAACUUCCGAAGAGGAAGAGAGUGAUGAAGAAGAAGAGAAAGUUGUGAAGGAUGUGGGAAAACAGGCAGCGCCACAGGUGGAUGAGUAUCAGGAGGAUACAUCAGAUGAGGAGGAUAUUAGGAAUACCGUUGGGAACAUUCCAAUGCAUUGGUACGAUGAAUACAAACACAUUGGCUACAAUUGGGAUGCCGAGAAGAUCGGCAAACCCAUCAAGGGUGAUCAACUGGAUGACUUCCUCAAGCGCAUGGAGGACCCGGACUUCUGGAAGACAGUCAAGGAUCCCCAGACGGGUCAGAAUAUCAUUCUCAGCGAUGAAGAUAUUGAUUUGAUUAAGAAAAUUGCCCAGCAGAGAAUCCCGGAUGGGGAAUUUGAUGAAUUCGCUCCAUGGGUGGAUUGGUUCACGUCCGAAGUGGAGAAGAUGCCCAUUCGGAAUAUUCCUGAGCACAAGCGCUCCUUCCUCCCGUCGCGGACGGAGAAGAAGAAGAUCUCCCGGUAUGUGCACGCCCUGAAAAUGGGCUGGAUGAAGACACGGGAGGAGCGUGAACGUGAAGCGGCAGAACAGCAAAAGGGCCCCAAGUUCUACAUGCUCUGGGAAUCGGAUACAACAAAGGAGAACAUGCGGAGGAUUCAUGAUCACGUGACUGCCCCCAAGAGGCCCCUUCCUGGCCAUGCGGAAUCCUACAAUCCUCCGCCGGAGUAUCUGUUUGACAAGAAGGAAAUGCGCGAGUGGAAGCGACAGGAGCAGGAGCCCCACAAGAGGAAGCUUCACUUUGUCCCGCAGAAGUUUAAGAGCUUGCGGGAAGUCCCGGCGUAUGCGCGGUAUGUGCAUGAACGCUUCCUGCGCUGCCUGGAUCUCUAUCUCUGCCCACGCGCCAAUAGGAUGAAGUUGACAAUUGAACCGGAAUAUCUCAUCCCGAAGCUGCCAUCCCCGCGAGACCUGCAGCCCUUCCCGACGCACGAAACCCUCAUCUACGUCGGGCACAGCGACAUUGUCCGGACAAUGAGUGUUGAGCCACAAGGGGAGUUCAUCGUUACGGGGUCUGAUGACACCUCCAUAAAGAUUUGGGAAGUCUGCACGGCACGAUGCAUUAAAACAAUUCAAAUGAAGGACAUUGUUCGCUACGUAGCCUGGUGCCCCAAUUCCAAACUAUCCCUCAUUGCCGUGGCCAGUGGGCAGCGGUUGCUUCUUGUCAAUCCCGAGACGGGAGAUAAGUUGAUUGUUGCUAAAACCGAUGAACUUCUCGCAGAAGCCCCGGAGAGUGAUUUGCUGGAUCAGGAUCGUCUCAAAACGGCCGUUCAGUGGACAGAACCCGAAGGUUUCGAGCACAAAACCGGCAUCCGGGUGAUCAUUAAUCACUUCAAGCAGAUCAAACAGGUCACGUGGCAUGGGAGGGGUGACUACUUGGCCACUGUAAUGCCCGACGGAGCACACAGAUCCGUCAUCAUUCAUCAGCUCUCAAAGAGACGCUCGCAGUUUCCCUUCAGCAAGAGCAAAGGGCUCGUUGAGUGCGUCAUCUUCCAUCCGGUGAAGCCCCUUCUCUUCGUGGCCACGCAAAAGAGUAUCCGGAUGUACGAUUUGGUGAAGCAGGAGCUCGUGAAGAAGCUAAUGUCCAACAGCAAUUGGAUUAGCGACAUUGCCGUUCAUCCCAAGGGGGACAAUCUCAUUGUGUCGACGUACGACAAGAAGAUUCUCUGGUUCGACUUGGAUCUCUCCACAAAACCCUACCAGACGAUGCGCCUGCACAAGGGGGCCGUCCGUGGGGUGGCUUUCCACAGGAAGUACCCACUUUUUGCUUCCGGAAGUGACGAUGCGAGCGUCAUUGUGUCUCACGGGAUGGUCUACAAUGAUUUGCUCCAGAACCCCCUGAUUGUACCCCUGAAGAAGCUCGAGACGCACGAGAAGGUGAAUGAUUUCGGGGUGUUUAGCGUUGUGUGGCAUCCCUCGCAGCCAUGGGUCUUCUCAACUGGUGGUGAUAAGACAAUUCGUCUCUACACGUGAGCCGCGGUGAGAUAAUAAAAAGAAAAAAAGAAA